AUGAGUGACAUCUACGAGUCGGCGGCGAGCUCUCUGGGUCUGUUCAGCGCUCCCUGUCUGAAAGUGGAGCUGAGGGUCACCUGCAAGGGUAUCUCGGACCGAGACGCGCUGUCCAAACCCGACCCCUGCUUCGUCCUCAAGAUGCAGUCCCACGGGCAGUGGAUGGAGGUGGACCGGACGGAGGUGAUUCGCAGCUGUGUGAACCCCACCUACUCCAAGGUCUUUACAUUGGACUUUUAUUUUGAAGAGGUGCAGCGUCUGCGCCUCGAGCUGUACGACAUCAACAGCAGCCACAACGGACUGAAGGAGGCCAUCUUCCUGGGAUCAGUGGAGUGCACGCUGGGACAGAUCAUCUCUCAGAGGAAACUGUGCAAAGCUCUGCUCAGACCAGGAGGCACGGUGGGGAAAGCCAUCAUCAUGAUCACAGCUGAGGAGCUGACGGGGAACGACGACUACAUCGAGCUUUCAUUCAGCGCCAGGAAACUGGACGACAAGGAUUUCUUCAGUAAAUCUGACCCGUUUCUGGAAAUCUACCGGCUGAAUGAUGACGCCACGCUGCAGCUCGUCUACAGAACUGAGACGGUGAUGAAUAAUCUGAACCCGGUGUGGAAAACAUUCAAAGUUUCUCUCAACUCGCUCUGCAGUGGAGACCACGAACGCAAGCUGCAGUGCACCGUGUGGGACUGGGACUCAAACGGGAAACACGACUACAUCGGAGAGUUCGAGGCCACGUUCAAAGAGAUGAGAGGCGCCAUCGACGGACGGCAGGUGCAGUGGCCGUGCAUGAAUCCCAAAUACAAAACCAAGAAGAAGACUUACAGGAACUCUGGGAUCAUCAUUCUCAACCAGUGCAAGAUCAUCAAGAUGCACUCCUUCCUGGAUUACAUCAUGGGAGGCUGUCAGAUCCAGUUUACAGUAGCCAUCGAUUUCACGGCGUCUAACGGAGACCCUCGGAACAGCUGCUCUCUGCACUACAUCCACCCGUACCAGCCCAACGAGUACCUGAAGGCUCUGGUGGCUGUGGGCGAGAUCUGCCAGGACUACGACAGUGACAAAAUGUUCCCAGCGUUUGGCUUCGGAGCUAUGAUCCCUCCUGACUACAAGGUCUCCCACGACUUUGCAGUGAAUUUUAACGAGGAGAACCCGGAGUGUGCAGGUAUCCAGGGCGUGGUGGAGGCCUAUCAGGCCUGCCUCCCCAAGCUGCAGCUCUACGGUCCCACCAACAUCGCCCCUAUCAUCCAGAAGGUGGCCAACUCCGCCUCGCAGGAGGUCCACACCAAAGAGGCCAUGCAAUACUUCAUCCUGCUGAUCCUGACAGACGGCGUCAUCACCGACAUGGCCGACACGAGGGAGGCCAUCGUCCAAGCCUCCCACCUCCCCAUGUCUGUCAUCAUUGUCGGGAUCGGGAGCGCCGACUUCAGCGACAUGCAGAUGCUAGACGGAGACGACGGGAUCCUGCGAUCGCCCAAAGGAGAGCCCGUCCUCCGGGACAUUGUCCAGUUCGUUCCUUUCCGCAACUUCAAACAUGCGUCUCCAGCUGCUCUGGCGAAGAGCGUUUUAGCAGAGGUGCCCAACCAGGUGGUGGACUACUACAACAGCAAGGGCAUCAAGCCCAAAGUGCCCAGCCAGUUCCAGUCUUCCAGGCAGUUCGGCCCCUGAACGCCGCCGCUACAGCUGCCCCCCCGGACAGCACAACAUCUCCUGGACUGAGAAAAAUGUUUACUGUCUUUUGUUUUUUGUUGAUGCGGAUGUUAAAGGUGCUACGUGCUGUAUUUUACCAUGAAGAAGGAGCUCAGUCAGGCCCGUCAGCCUACAUUUACACUGGGAGGGAUCUUACAGGUUGGACUAACAGGACGUUUCGCUGGAUUACUUUAUAGCACAAAAAAGGUAGAAGAUGUUUAAUUACCUUUCGUCCUUUUUGAAUUGAGUAGUGAAACAUAUCUUUACAUGCACACACUGGUUAUACUAUAACAGACAGAAGAAGUAGCUGAGAUAUGUCAAUCCAGCGAGCGAUGAGCCGAAGGAUCAACAAUCACUGUGUAUCCUGAUGCAGUUUGUCAACCUGCAAUGAUCAGCGUCUUGAUGCUGACAGUUUGUCGGUUUUAAAGAGAAAACUUAACCCAAGGGUGUUAUUGAUGCAUAUUAUACAUGGGCAAUGUGUUUCACCUGCUAGUGUUCCUAAUGCAGAAGCACUGGAGUCUCCGGCCAACACGUCAUAUUGUACGACACAUAAGGAGCUCGUAUCAUGUGGGAGUAACUGUAAUAGCUAAUUUCCAAACUGGUUAACAUCCGUAUUAUCCGUAAUCCAUAAAUUCUUAUUGCCAUUAGAAACAAGCUUGAUUUGUAAGCAAAUAUGCUAGCUAUGUAGCAUUAGUUUUGAUAUGCUUUUAAGAAUUGUAGCUAACGUUUGUGUUUCUCUUUUCUUUUGUGAUAGUGUUUACAAUAACAGAUCAGCAUUUCAGAUCAAAACCAGUUCAUUUCAGUGGGAUUUGCGUACGGAGGCAAAGUGAAUCUAUGCAGAGCGUUAACGUAGAGCAAGUAGCAAACUUUAAGCUGUUGACCAGCGGUUUUGAUAGGAAACAGAUUGAACAGUCAAAACAGAGGAAGCUUUCAUAUUAGCUUUGUCGCACCAUCCAAUUUCAUUUAAUCUUCCUCUGCCACAGUAUAAACUGCCAAAAGUAAAGGUACAAUCUCAUAAACUGCGAUAACCUUUUGUCCAGUUAACCACAAAGCCAGCUAGUUUGCUAACCAGUAGUUAGCUAACUGGUAGCAGCUAGACUUUUGAGCUAUUUUGGCUGGUUAGCGUCUGCAAAUUACCGUCUAGCUAGCAUGUCAGCAGUUAUCUUACCAGCCACAGUAGUUUGCCAACUAGAUCUCAAAGUAGUCACAACAUCACCAAGCUUCCAACACUGCCCAAUGGUGCCGCCAGUUUCUGGCAUGAGAUACUAACAUUAACAUUAGCAUCUUGAGUUGUCCAGUGACAUGAAGGCUCACAAGUUCGUCCUCUUCCGCUAUCUUCAAUCCCACAACACAUGGACACGUCAUAGGAAGCAUGGAGGUUUAGGAAAUAACGGACAGUAGCUCUGAAAGUAUCAGCGAGGUGAGGAAGACUUUCAUCUCAUCUCGUGGUCCAACUUAGGUUCAAUGUAUAAAAAUGCUAACUGUCGCACCUUUAGCAUCCGCUGUGCAUGCGGGACCAACAGAGGCUAAGCUGUAACAUUCAGGAGUGUUUUAAUGGAAGUGAAAAGCACACAGACACAAAACUGAUCAAUCCAAACGCCGCUUCCCUGCAGACAGCAUGACACGCGGGGAAACAGUUGGUGAAGGAAUGUAUGAACCCCCCCCUUCUGGUUUGGUUUUAUAAGAGUUUAUUGAUAUUUUGCUAAAUUUCGUAAAGGUUCGUACGCUGUAAAGCAUUUUGGAUCUCUGCCAGAUGAACAAGCAAGCUGCCUUCACAGACGUCUGCAUCCUCUUCUGUUUGUCCUAAAGGCGAGGCAGAUGCAUGAACUGUUGUUUUGCAUGCAAAUCUCCAUGCAGGUCUCCUCGGUCCUUGUGGUUUCUGUUUGCUGGUCGUGAGUAAUAUGAGUAAUAAUGACGUUUACAAUGUUCCCGAUGACGGGACUGUUCUACUCUCAAGCAUGUUCACAUGUAAACUAAAAUGUGUGAGUAGAUUUAAGAGCACAACCUGAGUAUACUUGGAGAGAUCUUUUAGAUAAUGGCCGUAGAUUUUGGUUGUUUUGUGACACAACACCUGCCCAUCUCUCUUUCUGUCUUUUAGGAACUAAUUCACUUUAUUUUGGUCUUACUGGGUUUUUUCUUUUAUUGUUGAACAUUGGAUCGAUCCCAUCUGGCAUCUGGACCUUUUAGGGGUGCAACCACAUUGUUCACGCAUUUCUGUCUACAUUUCUUUUGUUUGUGUUUUGAGUGAGGACAUUGUAAAGUUUCAGUGUAAACUUCCUCAGAGUCAGGAUCAGACUUCACAUCCCAUUCAUUCAUUUUCCACCACUAAUGCAGAUCCGGGUUGCUGUGUCCGUCUUAACAAGGUAGUCCAGACUUCUCUAUUCCCAUGUAUCUGUGAAGAUUAUUCAUCAUCCAGGUGAUUGUGUAUCUAGAAGUGCUAAAUCAAAGGCAACUCGUGCCUCAGGCUUCCCACCAGUCAAGCAUCUGCAGGAAGUCCAGUUGCCUUUGACUUAGCACUUCUAGAAAUCCUUUUCUGUAGACAUCCAUUCAUCUUUUGCUGCGGGAUCUUGAGGUGUUGCCAGGCCAGGUGGGAUUAGUGUUAUAGGUCUGCCCCCAGGUCUCUUUAUGGUAGGAUACACUGAGGACACAGACUCAACAGGGAGGCCAGGAGACAACCUCAUCAGAUAUCUGAACCUCAUUAAAAGGAACCUAUGAGGUAACAUCAGAAGAGCUCCUCACUCGCUCUCUUUCCUGUCAAAUUCUUUAGUCCGAUCAAAUUUUUCUUCAGGAUCAAACAAUUACAAUCCAUCCAUUUCCUGCCACUUAUCCGUGUCUUUUUCUCAGUGACACAAGUCUAAUCGAGAUAAUCAUCUCCGGUUACAUCCUCCAGCUCUUCCUGGGGGAUCCUGAGACAGUCCUGGGUUAGAUUCUGGGUCUGCCCCAGUGUCUCCUCCCAGAACACCUCCACAGGAAGGCGUCUUGAUCAGAUGCCCAUUGUGAACCAACCUGUGAACCACAAUGUUAAGUUUCACUUUAACUUUACAAAUGUAGUUAUUUCAAUUCAAACCACCAUCUUUUCUUAAACCUAAACAAGUUGUUUUGUGUUCAAAAUGACAAUUCAGUUUUACAUCGUGGGUAUAGUUGUUGUUUAACUGGGUGUAGUAUGUUGUAGUAUAGGACAUCUGAUUCUGCGACUAGAUGGCACCUUGAUGGAAAAAGUAGCAUGUGAAAUUUUUAUUUGCCAUCUUUCAUUGAACUUUACAAUAUACCGAUCACCUCUGCACAUCAUGCAGGUCCUCAACGCUAUAUAUUGAUAGUGUAAGUAAGACUUUCAUAUGUUGCAUUUUGCAUUCAUUAAACAUUUCCAUAUUAUUUCCAACUAAUACACAGACUCUUUCAGUGUUUGGUUGUUCGUGAUUAAGGAUUAACUCUUUGUAGCCAUUACAGGAAAUGUACUUGCAAUUCGCGUUUUCCGGUGUAUUCUGUUGAACAAAGAGAAGAUGGCGGACAGGUGUUGGGACAUGUGACUUAUCGUUGUGUUAACAUGCAGUAUUGUGAGCAAAACAAUGACAAACUUAUGAUAAUAAAGGUUUUAU